GCUUUAGGACACGCCGUACCCGUGUUACAUCACAUGUGUUCCCCUUCCUUUCUACCCCCCUCGUUUCUGUGGCUGUCGGUCCUUCGUACAUUAGCAAGAUGAGCGGAUCUAACGGCAAAAAAAAGCUCUUCGUCGGGUGUAGUGGACUGGAUAAGUUCAGCUUGUCGGUUCGCGACGGACAGAAAUGACUUCAGGAGGAAUCUUCUGGUCAACCUGGGCUUGUUUGCAGCUGGUGUUUGGGUUGCAAGAAAUCUCUCAGAUUUUGACCUGAUGUCUCCUCAGCCUGUUACAUAACCUCAUUAAAACACAUCACCACCAACAUUGGGAUGAUGGUUUCUUGGACCAACAAAAGAGCAAAGGACGUGAAUGAAACUUUUAUGACUACUUACACUUCAAAAACAAAUCAUGUUGUCGACCUGAAUUAGCCUCCCUGCUUGAUGUCGUUUUAGUUGGACUAAAGAGAUAUAAUUACAUCAAAUCAACAUCCUUUUUUUGUGUUGUCAUUAGCCCAUUGAUUCUGAAAGAUCUUUAAGAGAAAGUUCAGUCUUAUAUAAUAUUUAUUUUGGUAUAUUUGAAUCUGAUAUUGUGUGACUUCCUCUGCUAUGUCGGCUCAUGAUAUUUUUGUCACUGCGGCUCGUAAAUGCUUGUCCGCUGGCAGAAAAUCUCUGUCUGCCUCUCAGAGUCUGGACCUGGCAGCUCAGGUUUUGGCCUUAGAUUUGGGUUUGAAACCAGCUUUGUUGUAUGACAGCAACGGUGCGAGUGCAGGUCAGGUGCAGCAGUAUUUGAGCUCUUUGCAGUCUUCCCAGCUUCUAUCCAAAUCCCUCUUCACACUGGAUUUAAAUGGAAACACUCUUAUUGUGAAUCCAGCUGCGGCCAGAUUGAACGUGGAGCAGCUGAUAAUACAUUACGGAAACGUGGCUGUGAUUGACAUCUGCCACUCACUGGAGAAGCCCACCAUUGCUGACCCUAUGAGAACAGAGCUGAAGAGCAUGACACAGGGUUUACUUCUUCUCCUCAGAGAGAUGGAACACCUGAGAGAGAAGGCUAAAGAACCUCAUUACACUGUUGGAGAUGAAUCAGAGGAAUGGAAUCUGUGCACAGUGUUUGGCCUCUUAUUGGGUUACCCUGUCACAUACUGGUUUGAUCAGACCAAGAGCUUUGAAAACUGUCUGUCCAUGACUCCCCUGAGUGUGACUACAGCUUCAGCAACAUGGCAGGCUGACACGUUCGACCACAGAUGUUGUCUGUACUCCUUCAGUGUCCCCACUGUUUUGUUUGAAGACGUGCAGUCAAAGCUGGAAAACUGGAGUCUUUGUUUACACGAGAGAUUUCAGCAGCAAAAUAUCCUGAAGGAUCUCACCUUUUGUCAGUCCACAGUCACUCUGCCCUCAGUCUGUUUAUGAUGCUACCAUAUGUUUGUCUUUGAACUAAACUGUUAGAGAAUGAGUUUUACUUUGUUACUUCUUUGAACUCCAUUAAAUCAGCUGUUUAUCUCUGAAUGUGCAGUUGUGUUGAGUCCAUGACAGACAUGUACAACCUGUAUUAUGACGGAAAAAACAAAUUAAAGUGACAUAUAUUUAAA